AUGUCGAACCAACCAGGACGCACCGACUGGGCUGAGGACGACGAGCCCGAUCUCGCCACCGCCCUUCCCCCGCCUCAGCACACAAAGAACAAGGACGGCACCGAGACCAUCGUCACCAUUUUCCUUAACGAGGACGGCAAGAAGGUCAAGCGCACACAACGCAUCCGCAAGGUCACCAAGCGCACAUAUGAAAAGGCCGGUGUCGCAGAGCGCCGCGCCUGGCCCAAGAUGGGUCUCGAGGCAGGCCGUCCUGCUGGCCCCCAACCCGAUACCACCACUCUCGGAGAGAACAUCAUCUUCCGCCCCCAGGUCGGCUUCAAGUCUGGCGCCGCAGAGCAACCUACCGCCGAGGAGGACCAGAAGGCACAGCAGCUCAAGCAGAUGAAGAUCAAGUGUCGUAUUUGUUCCGGCGAGCAUUUCACCACAAAGUGUCCCUUCAAGAACACCAUGGCUCCCGAGGGCGAGGCUGGUGCCGGUCUUGCAGACCUCGACGGUGAUGUCGGUGCUGCCACCCUUCAGAAUCUGGCUGCAGGCGGCCCUGCGCCAGGCGCUUCCGGCCCCGGUGGCUCUUCCUACGUGCCCCCACAUCUCCGCAAGGGCGGUGCUGCUACUGGCGAGAGAAUGGGCGGCAAGUUCGAGAGAGACGACCUGGCUACUCUGCGUGUCACCAACGUUUCCGAAUUCGCCGAAGAAGACGAGCUUCGCGCACUGUUCGAGCGCUUCGGUCGCGUCACCCGUGUCUUCCUCGCAAAGGACAGAGAAACAGGCAAGGCCAAGGGCUUCGCUUUCGUCAGUUUCGUCGACCGAUCAGACGCCGCCGUUGCAUGCGAGAAGAUGGACGGUUUCGGUUACGGACAUCUUAUCCUGCGCGUCGAGUUCGCCAAGAAGGCCACUUAA